GGCAUACCAUGACCAUGUCAUCCAAAAGGGUGCAGUUUGAUGAGAUGGAGGAGGAGCUGCUUGGAAAGGAAGCACUGGGGGAAGGCGUUAAGAAAAAGUUUAAAAACUCCUUAGACAGCGAUGAAGAGGAUGAUGAAGUUGAAGACAAGAAGUACAACUUGCUUAACCCAGAUGAUGUAGAAGGACAGGAAGACAAAACCAUUGAGUAUGAUGGGAACAUCAAAAUCACUCCAUUCAACAUGGAAGAUGAAAUGGAGGAUGGUCAUUUUGACAAAGAUGGCAUGUUCAUCUUCAACAGAGAGAAACCGGAGAUACGUGAUAACUGGCUUGACAACAUUGAUUGGGUCAAGGUGCAGCCUUCAAAACAAGCUAUAGAAGACAGCAGAGGCUCUGAAGACUCUGAAGAUGAGGAAAGUGUCGAUGCACUAGCACUUUAUGGAGAGAUGCUGGAGAUCAUGCAGCCUGGUGAGACUGUCCUGUCUUGCAUCAAACGCCUGGGAGGCGGGAAGCGAGAUUCGACAAUAAACCGCUGGAAGAAGAAGAAGCAGGAGCCAAGCGAACCAGAUAGCACCAAGGAUGUGGCACCAAAGGAGCACCUCCUGCGGAUGACAGAGCUAGCUGACCAACUGGUGUCAACUGGUGACAUGGACAUUUACCAGCAGUCAUACGAGCGGCUCAAAUUCUUGCGAGAACACAAACAGAAGGCCAAAGAGGCCAAAGCUGCAACUACAGCUGUAGAGGGGUCUUCCUUCGACAUGUUUGCAGAUGAUGCCGACAGCACCAAAGCUACUGAGCCGUUACCCGUCAAAAAGGAGAAAGCAGGAGCUGAAAAUAAAAGCGAUGAUACAGAACCAGUGAGCUCAUCGAUAGGCGAGGAUGAAGUGAUGUGGGAGUUCAAGUGGGAGGAGUCGGAUGAUGCACCAGUGUACGGAUUGCACACAUCGGCUCAGAUGCUGCAGUGGGUGCAGGAUGGAUACUUUCAAGACGGCGUCUGGGUCCGCAAGGCACACGAAACCGAUCGUCCAUUUUACAGCUCGAGCCGAAUCGAUUUUGACCUCUACGUCUGAAGCCAUCUCUUGCCGAGAACAAUCUGUUGACCGAGACACAGAAUGCAUUGUCUCUCUUUUGCUGUUGUUUUUAAGUGUUGCAGUUCAACAGGCAUAGGCAAUAUAGUCAGUGUACAAGCGAGAAUAUGGACCUGAAUAAGAGGAGGCUUGCUGUGCUCAUUGGGGAAUUGCAAAACUGCGACAUUCUGGAAAUGAAACGUUGUGCUUCUGUAGACACCUCCAUGCAUCCAACGUUUCGUGCUGCAUUUUCUGUUUAACACUGUUGCCCAUUGAUACGUGGAAAGCACCAAUACAUACUUGGCAUGAUGCCAUUGUUAGUGCACUAUGGAGAGAUGUUCCUUGCUCUUUUUUUAUUCUGUUUGAUGUCCACUGCACAUUGCUCUGUGUCCUCUUACUGUUGACAGCAUAUCCACGUUUCCUUCACUUGUAAUUUUGCUAUGCCUGUGGUAGCUUUGUGAGAGAGUCAGAAUGAAAGGACAGGAAUUAUUGCCGUUGUAGUUAUACAGUUAAACCUGGAUAUAACAAAAUUGACAAAUUCCCGGAAAGCUUUGUUAUAAAGAGGAUUUUGUUAUAUGCAGGUUCGGCACGAAAAUUCGAAAAAGAAACGCUUACCGUACUUACUCGAUUCUAACGCGCACCCAUUUUCCGUUUUCGUCUAAGCACUCAUCCUUUGAAUGUCACACCAGGUACUGGAUGCGUGGACGCGUGUCCUUUCGCACAAGCGCUAGGCACCGGAAACGAAGAGCGAGAGUCACGAUGGCGUUGUAGCGUCAUAUAGUGUUACAGUAGAACCCCGCUGUUACGUUCCUGGGUGCUGUUUUUUCCCGGCUGUUACGUCGUUUUCGGCCGGUCCCGGCACAGCUCCCAUAGAACCCAAUGCAUUGGUAACCCCGCUGUUGCGUCGCAACUGUGAGACCGUUCCCGCAUCAUACGUUGCGAACUGCCACCCCACGCCGGCCUGAGUGCCCAUUUUGACUUUUCAUGUCGCUUUGCUUGGUGGCUUGACGAUGGCAUUCGACGCCCAAAGUGCCGGGGGCGAUACCUAUGACGUAUUUCAGUUUCCGCCAGCAAAAGUAUGGCCCUUGAGAUCCGUAUUUGCUAUAUAAAGAUGGUGUCUAUGACGUGUUGUGGCCCUAAAAUUGGUUUUGGCUCACAGAUGUUCCGUAUGGUUCACAGAUGGUCCAAGGGCGAUAACGCAGUCGCCGCGCGCCGUAUGCUAUAUGUGCGAGUGAAAACGUGUGAGGGGAGCCGACGACGUGCUAAAUCUCACGCGCGCAAGAAAGAAAAGCAGGGAGGAAGUGCGCCUUCUUCCGUUGCGCUCGAGGCACCAGCGAGGGGGGGAGGGAUAGCGGGCGGCGUUGUACUGUACUCUGGCAUCAACUGCGUACUGCGCGGCGGCGCGCGGUCGCGCGGGCCGUAUCUUGAAAGCGAUCUGCGUUGGGGCAGAGUCUAGGCAGUGUAGGCACAGAACACCCAUACAAACUUGUGUAGGUGCGUCGGCGGCUCGUAGCUUUGUGUGUGCUGUGUGUUCUCAGUGCUCAGUUUGCGUUGAAGCGAUAGACAACAGCACGAAGGUCACUUCGCUCGCUUCUGCAGUGGAGCUUCCAAAAGCCGCCAGCGUUUGGCAGCGCUCAUCGAAUGUGAUGUGUCACAGCGUCUGCCAGCGCGUCGGCAACAUCAAGUGGAAAAGGAGAGUGCCGGCUUGGUGGGCUAGGCCAGCUGCAGCAAGCGGCUGGAUCAGGUUUGAAUUAAGGGAGGGGGAAGAUCGCCGGGUCGAAGGAUGCAGGCCCGCCUCGCACACGCUCGCACGCACGCACACGUGCGCUCUCAUCGCAUUCCGUCGCGGCGGAGAAGGUGCUUCUGGUUGCUGCUAGCGCAAAAACAACAAAAUUUUUGGCGAAAUCUCUAGGUUGUCGGUGGGGAAAAUUUGUUAUUUCAAGGGGGUCUCCCGCUGCCACUUCGUUACGUAGAGGUCUCAAAUACAUGUGCUUCUAUGGAGUAACGGCGAGGAAUAGAAAAAAUUCGUUAUAUGGAGGUUCGUUAUAAGCAGGUUUAACUGUAUACCAUCGCUUUACUCAUGUACUAACAGUGGUCAUCGGCACGCACAGAUGUGCUAAUAAUCGUUUGGCAUUUUGCUGGAUGUGGUUACAACCGUACAAGUUGUACCUAUAUACUAGUAUAUUAUGCAAUAGAAGUACUGCCACACAAGUUGUCCUGAAGUUGGCAAGUAUGAAGGACAUUACCGAGCAUUCGGUACGAGCAUGUCAUUGUUUUUUAACUACUCAUGUCACUUCUCUUUAAUACAGUGUUUUAGUAACCUUAGAAAAUUUUAAGCUAGCAGAUGCAUGGCAUGAGGGGAAGCACGACUCUUAAUUGUCCAAAAUUUGUAGUGUUUGUAUUUGCUGUACUCUGUGGCGCUCUGACGAUCUUUGUCACUCGUCUUGUUAAAGGCACUCGUUUGUGACUUUUAUAUGUAAAGCUGUCGUCAACUUAGUUUAAUUGGAGCUGAUUCAUUAGUAAUGUUAUGAGAAGCUGUCAUUUCAAGUGGCAUUGUGCUAAGCAUCGUAUUGAAGUAGGAGAAAUGGUUGGUGUCAUUUUGUUUUGUUUUCUUUCAAGUUGUCUUUGUUAUGUUUUGUCAGUGUGUCACAAUGUCUGGUGAUGCACCAUGAAAGCACAUACUUUAUUCAAAGCAUUCUCUGACUGAGAAAGGAGAGCAGCAGCAUAAGUGGCGGUGUGCACCAGCUAUGUGGGAUAUUCAAAUAUAAUUGCUUUACUGCCCGACCUUUAAGUUUUGUGAAGUUUCACGUUAAUGAGCGUGUCAUGUCCCAAGGACGCUGCUGGAUGCAAAUAAAGACUGCACAUCUUAACGAAGGUGUGUUAUGGUGGGUUUUACAUAUCCUAGAAUAAAGUGUUGCAAACCUCAUCGUGCUUUGAGAGUAACAGAGAAACCGUGUGUACUCACUCCUAGAGGUGUCAUGAUGCUUGUAUGGAAAAUGACAGUUUUGAAGUUGUUCCCUUUGCCAAAUAUGAACACAAGCAAAAGUUCCCAUGCCUCUGCUGAGCUUUAAAGCAUACCUGCCAACCUGUGAACUUUGUAUAAUCUCAUGGCCAUGGCCGGGAGUAGAGGGGGAGGGGGGGCAUAUUUGGGUUUUCUUUGUUUAGUUUGCCUUAAGCAUGGCGCCUUUUGUGGUAUACAUAUGCUUAUUAUUAUAAUUGUUUCCCAUUAGAUACAGCACACAAUCCACAACAAACUUUGAACAGCAUUAAACUCACAAGCAGCACAUUGUUUUUGAGGCAACAAUGGCUUUUGCAG